AUGGCUCAUCAGCCACGUCGCUAUGACUGUCGCAUGCUGGCUUCCAAGGUGUAUUGGAACUUGAGAUAUUGCAAGCCUGCAUUGGUUGUUGUUGCCAGCUUGUUCUCCCAAGCGCCCUUUCUCACUGGCAAGCAACCCGUUGUCUUCGGCCGGACAAAAGCUAUCGCCCGCACACUCUGA